GUUGCAGCAAACUUUUCACUUCCCCCCACAAACUCUUUAUAAAACCGAUAGGAGGCUGCUUGUCGUCGUCACACUCUGAAGGCCGUCCAGUGAGUAUGUUUCAGGCAGAUGAAAACUACACGCGCGUGUCUGAGUUUGUGAUUGUGGGCUUCCCGAGCCUCCAGCCGGAGUAUUUUCACUUAGUGGCAUGGUUCUUCUUCUUCCUCUAUGUGACCACAGUGGCGGGCAACCUCCUGCUGGUGGUGGUGUUUACUCUGGAGCGCAGUCUCCAGAAACCCAUGUACAUCGUCAUGGUCAGCCUGGCCCUCUCAGACACUGGCUUCACCACUGUGGCUUUACCCAAACUAAUUGCCCGCUACUGGUGGAACGAUGAGAGAAUCGGCUUUCACACGUGUCUCUUCCAAGAACACAUGAUCCACUAUUUCGGCUCCUUGAACUCCCUGAUAUUACUGAUUAUGGCCCUGGAUCGAUAUCUGGCCAUCUGUUUACCUCUCAGAUACCCGAUGGUGAUGACGAACCAAACCAUGGCAGGCAUGACUCUCGUGUGCUGGGUGCUGGCGCACAUCUUUCCCGGCAUCAGCACCGUCAACCUGAUCCUGUUGCCAUUUUGUGGGCCCGACAGAAUCAUAAACGCCUUCUGCGAAACCAUUUCCCUUUCGGCUCUGGUGUGUCAGAACCCCGGCCGCGUGCUGAACGCCGCCUUCGCCGCAGCGAUGUUUAUCCUCUAUGUUCCUUUGUCCUUAAUUGUCAUCUCAUACGUUUGCAUCAUCGCCUCAGUCAUGCGCAUGGCCAGUGCACAGGGCAGAAUGAAGACCUUCUCGACCUGCGCCACCCAGGGCUGUAUCAUUUCUAUCUACUACAUACCGCGUUUCUUCGUCUACCUUACGCCUUUCUUUCCCAACCUGAAGAUGACGCCCGACAAGCGAAUAGCCACCACCCUCUUCUACAGUCUUUUCCCGCCACUGAUCAACCCGUUCAUCUACUGUCUGAGAACCAAGGAGAUCCAGCAUAUAUUCAGACGGUGGAUCCAGAGACGAAGGGCCAUCAAGCCCAUGAAGCAUGGCCAGAUCGUUGCUGUGACCAAGUGACGGUUGUUAACAAGCCUUUUGGUUAAUAAACGCUGGCAUGGCAGUUUAACACUCUUUAUGGUAAUAUACAUGAGAAAGAUGGAGACUAAUUGACUGUUUUAACAGAAAUAUUAAAACACAAUUUGCCCAGAUGUCACCUUGUUUGAGAGAAAGAGAU